AUGACUAGCAUGCACCAGCUGUGGCCUAGGCAACUAACUCAGCGAACUGCAUCCACACCUUCUUCAACGGGGGCUGAAUCUCAGCCUUGGGAUAUGGGUCACCCAUUUGGCUCUUUCACCAAUGAAGAUACCUGUCUUGAUACCCACAUCCUCGACAGCGAGUUUAGUGCUUUCCAGAGCUCUGUAGAGCUCUCCGAGCUCUCAGCAAAUUCUGCUGAAGAUGCAGACUCUUGUAUCCUGCUGGAACACGGUGCCGAUCCAAAUCUUAUGGACAACAGUGGCAACACUGCUCUCCACUACGCUGUGGUUGGCGAGAACACAUCCAUAGCAGAGAAGCUGCUUUUACACAAUGCAGACGUUGAAGCCAGAAAUAAGGCAGGCCUUACACCACUUCUUCUUGCGAUAAAUGAGAACAAAGAGCAGAUGGUGGAACUUUUAGCAGAAAAGAAAGCAGAUGUUUAUACAGUUAAUAAUAUUAAAAGCGAUUACCACCCAAUAUCCAGUUAUAAAGAAGAAAAGACACCAAAAAAUUCUUCCCAAAGUUGCCAUCCAGCAGAUGAGUGUUCUGAGGAAGAGUCCUUAAUAAGCAGGCUUUCCGACAAACCUGAUGUUGAUGAUUCAUGGCCUACAUCAGACAGUGAAGACUAUGAUUUUGGUACUAAGGAUGUCCCAAAACCAAACUUAAGAGAGCUAAUGCUUGCUUCUCAGCAACACAUGAAAAACACAGAAGCAAAAUGUGUCACUGUGAGACCUGAGGACAAUAAUUCUGAUUCUAAAAAUGAAGAUGUGAGUGAAACUCUUUCCACCAAACCACCAGUUGAAGUUGACGGCUUUUCCCAUCCUGCUUUUCCAUCAUCUCUGUCUCCUGUAAAACCUUCUCUCAAGUCUUCAGCUGUCCUUGGUCUUGCAGAGAAAGGAGCAGCAAAGUCAGCAAUGGAAGAAAAGUUAAAUGAUAUUAUUAAAGAAAAUGCUCCCCAGGAGCAAACAGUGCAUGACAUUUUGACUUCUGCUGAUGGAGCACAUAAAAAUAACAGAAGUGAUAUGAUAUCAUCAUUAGGAUUAGGAGAAGAGGGAGAUAUAGACUCACCUUGGAGUUCUGAGAGUAUCUCUGAAAAUUCAAACAAAAAUGUCGAUCAUUUCUCUGGAGCCACAGAUAAGAAAGGGCAAGGUAUAUUAAAUGGACAAGUAGAAGAUGUGUUUUAUAUACCUUCUUGCAUGAGUGGAUCAAGAAAGUUUAAGAUGGCUAAACUAGAGGAUACAAGAAAUGUAGGCAUACCAGUAGCCCACACGGAUCCUGCUGAAAAAUAUCCUGACUUGAUGCCUACCGUUGAAGUGGAAGAUUCUGUUCCUGAUACAACAGUAGGAAAGAAGGCUAUACAGACAUCCAGCUCAGAUUUGUCAACUGACGUACCGUUAGAGAUGACAUCAGAGGAAGAGCAAGAAAGGCCUGAUGGAAGUGAAAAUAACCAUCCACGGGUUGAGGAAGAAAAGCAGCACAGAAGCAGUGAAAUGGAUGCAUCAGAAAACACACAUGAUGCUGUGGCUCCGGGCUUACUUCAACAAAGCAAGAAUGGAAAAACUGAUAGUCAUCAAUUUCCUACUAUAGAACCUGAAGAUUCUAAUAGACCUGCAAAGAAGAUUUCUAAUAAAAAGAACAAGGUGAAAAAGCAAAUUCAUUCUAUGGAUGACGAUGACUUCAGUCCCUCAUCUAAAACUGAAGCUUCUACUUACUCUAAUCAUGAGUAUUUCAAGUUGCUCAUUGAACAACUUGGCAUGGACUGUAAAGAUUCUGUUGCCUUAUUGAAAAUCCAGGAUUCAAUAAAACUUAAAAAGAGUCACUGUAAACUACUUAUGGGAAAAAUUAAAAAAAUGGAAAAAAAUGGUAAUGCACUACGAAAGGAGCUAUCAGAAACAAAAGAAGUGAAAUCGGAGUUAGAGCUUCAAAAAGUGAAAUGGGAACGUGAACUCUGCACGUUGAGAUUUGCUUUAAAACAAGAAGAAGAAAAAAGAAGACAAACUGAAAAGUUAUAUGAAAAAAUUAGGGAGGAGUUACAAAAAACACAAGAACAAUGUACUAAGGAAGUUGAAAUGAAACUACAGCUGGAAGCCACUGUUAGAACACUACACAGGGAAUUGCCUGUAAAAAAUCAUUUGGAAAAGGUUUCCGAUAGUCAUGAAGAAAAACAAGAUCUGUUGCACACAAAUCACAUGUUGCAGGAGGAAAUUGCCAUGCUAAGACUGGAAAUAGACACCAUGAAGAAUCAGAACCAGGGAAAGGAAAAGAAAUAUUGUGAUGACAUUGAAAUGAUAAAAGAAAAGAAUGUCAGUCUUCAAAAGGCCAUAAAACAGAAGGAGGAGACAUUAACGGAAACCAUAUUCCAACAUAAUGGACAGCUUAAUCUUCUGACAGCUGAGAUUAAAAUGCUAAAGUCUAAAUUGGAGAAUGAAAAGCAAAAUAAAGAGAGACUGGAAGAAGAACUUGAAUCAUACCGUGCUAGACUGGCUACCGCUGUACCUGAUCAUGAUCAGAGUCAGACAUCAAGAAGAGACCUAGAACUUGUUUUCCAGAGAGCAAGAGAUGAAAAGUUUCAUUUACAGGCCAAAAUGAAUUUCGAUAUGUCUACUCUAAAAGAUAACAAUGAAAUUCUUUCUCAGCAACUUGCUCAAGUUGAAACUAAAUUCAAUACCCUAGAAAUUGAGUUCCAUCAUACAAAAGAUGCUCUCAGAGAAAAGACUUUAGUUUUAGAACGUGUACAAAGAGAUCUAAGCCAAAUUGAGUGUCAGAAGAAGGAAAUUGAACACAUGUAUCAGAACGAGCUAAGUAAAGUGAAUAAAUAUAUUGGAAAGCAAGAGUCCUUAGAGGAGAGAUUAUCUCAACUACAAAGUGAAAAUAUGUUGCUUCGACAGCAAUUAGAUGAUGCUUAUAACAAAGCCAAUGAUAAUGAAAAGCUAGUAAUUAUUAUCAAAAACCACUUUCAGGAUAUCAUAAAAAAACUUCAAGCUGAAAGUGAAAAACAAGGUCUUAUGCUGGAAGAAAGAAAUAAAGAGUUAAUUGAUGAGUGUAAUCAUUUAAAGGAAAGAAUGUAUCAAUAUGAAAAUGAGAAAGCAGAAAGAGAAGUAGCUGUGAGGCAACUUCAGGAAGAGCUGGCGGACAGUCUGAAGAAAAAGUCUAUGUCCGAGGCUUCCCUGGAAGUUCUGUCAUCUUAUCGUCUCAGUUUAGAAGAGGAGAGACAGGAUCUAAAGAAGAAAUUAGGUCAAAUUGAAUGUCAGUUGCAAGAAGCACAGGAUCGACAUACAGACGCCCUAAGACAGGCUGCGAAGAUGGAAGAUCAUUUGCAAAAGCUUGAAGUUGAACAUGCCAAGUCACAAGUUACAAUCAAAAACCAAGCGGACAAAAUUGAACAGCUUCAGAAAAACUUGUCAAGUUUGUCUGAAGAUGACAGGGAACGACUAGAGAAAGUUACUGAGUUAAAACAAUCUCUGGAAUAUAGGUUGGAGCAAGAAAUGAAGAAAAAUGGUGAAUUAGAAAAAGAGAUCACUGGAUUUAAGAAACUCUUUAAAACGACGAGAAGAAAGUUAAAUGAAUCUGAAAGUGGAGAGCUUAGUUUCCAUGGUGAUUUAAUGAAACAAAUUGAAAUGAAUAUUCAGAUUAACAUGUUAAAACAUAAGGUUGAUGACCUUAAAACAAAACUGGAAGCUACAUCUUCAAAAUGUCUACACCUGGAUGCAAGAAAUCAAGGUCUUCAACAGGAGUUAUCAUCUAUGAAAGCAUUUGAGAAGAAAUGUGAAAAACUAGAGCGCAAUAAAAGGAAGCUAGAACAAGAAGUCGUAAAGCUCGGCAGUCUUCUAGAAAUGAAUAGAGCACAAAACAGCCAAGUCGAACAGUAUAAAUGGGAGAUUGAAGAACGAGCCCGACUGGAUGUAGCAGAAAAAUUACAGGAAGUCGAUCUGUUUUUACAGAGGCAAGCAGCAUCCCAAGAAAAGUUAGAAAAGUUACGAGAAAAUGAGACAGCUUCAAUGAGAAGUCAAAUGGAACUCAGAAUUAAAGAUCUGGAAUCCGAGCUCUUUAAGAAGACUUAUCAAGAAACUUCUAAUUUAAUAGAAUUGGAAAAAUACAAGCAACUCUACCUAGAAGAAGUAAAAGCUAGAGAGUCAUUGGCAAAUGAACUUCAUAAGGCUAAUGAGAAGCUGGAAGAGAGCAAUAUCCAACUUCUGAUGGAGAAACAGCAGCAGAGAACUUUACUCACCCCUCUCAAUGUGAGGUCAGCCCUGGAACCACCAAGUGUUGGAAAUCUUCAAAGUAGUUCAGGGCUCCAUAGAGAUCUUACUCCAAGAGAAAACUUAGUGAUUCCUACAACAAACCGACCAUCUUCAAUUGACACUUAUUUGACCAAGGUGCAGCAGGAGAUGGAUAAAGUUAUAACUAGAGAAUUCAAAAAAGCUGCUGUUGAUAUUGAAGUAGAAUUCCUUAGAUCUUUUCCUUUAGGAUCUGCUGGCAAUACAGAUCGAACUGAGGAUCUAAUCGCCAAAACCUCAAAAGAAUAUGUAGAGAUUUUGAACAAGAAAUAUAUGAUCUGAAAAAUAAAUAAAAAAUUAAACACUUGA